AUGCCCGAGUCCACGAGUGAGGAGGAGGAGGACGCCUCGGAUGCCGAGGCCCACCUCCCGGGUUGGGACGAGGCGGCAACAGGUGCGGACUCCCCGCUGGUAUAUCAGGAGACUGGUGACGAGGACGCGCCAGCGACGCUGCGGGAGGCGAGGCCCGCUCCAGGGUUGUUGGCGGACCCACCCCUCGCAGGGACGGAGCGGAGGUCGCCCACGCCAGUGGCGAGGCAAAGCUCCGGGGCCGUUGCCAAGGAUGCAGCCCCGCUCGCGCCGACAAAAGCCCUCAAGACCGGGGCGCGCGCCAUGCCGCACUCGGCGCCGCAGCCCUCGCCCGUUGUGGAUAUCGUGGCGGAGGCUGCGAAGCUACGGGAGGCCAUGGCUCGAGGGGCCCAGGCGGCCCAACAGUCUCGAGCGCCGGGGAAUGGGGGCGAAGCCAGCCAGAGUGGAGCUGAAGCAGCCGCUCCGGCUGACGCCGUGGCGGAUGCUGACCGGGGCGGCGCAGACGGCGCCGCCCGGCCGCUGCCAGACAGCAGUGAGGAGUUCGGGGAUUCGAGGGACAUCGACCCUGCUGCUGCAGCAAGCGCCGCCGAUAAGGUUGCUAAGUUCAUGUCGUCCUGCGCGGAUGUGCUCGACGAGGGGACAUUCGAGGGGCCCCAUCAUGGGGCAAUCAUCCAGUCCGGGGUCCCCCCGGAGUAUCUCCACGACGAGAGGGAGUAG